UGCACUAUAUGUCCUGCAGGCACUUAUUUUGGUUUCGGCCUCCGAGCUCGUGGUGCGUUUGAAACAUGGCAACCGUGCAAGUGGGUGAAGCGGAGAAAGUGUAUAUUAUGCAUGGAGUUCGGGAUGAUUUAAGAGUGGACGGCCGGGGGUGUGAGGACUACAGACAUAUGGAGAUCGAGACAGACGUGGUGUCCAACACUGAUGGAUCUGCUAAAGUCAGCCUGGGACAGACAGAUAUUCUUGUGGGAAUAAAAGCUGAGAUUGGGAAGCCGAAGCCCAUGGUACCAGAUGAGGGUUAUCUGGAGUUUUUUGUAGACUGCUCAGCAAACGCCACACCGGAGUUUGAGGGUCGCGGGGGUGAGGAGCUAGGAGUGGAGCUGAGUAACAAUCUGUAUAAAGUCUUUAAUAACAAACACAGUCUGGAUCUGCGCAGCCUCUGUAUCUGCCCCGGAGAACACUGCUGGGUUCUGUACGUGGAUGUACUGCUCCUCCAGUGUGAUGGAAACCUGUUUGAUGCAAUGUCCAUCGCCAUAAAAGCAGCUCUUUUCAAUACACGGAUACCCAAAGUUCACAUAUCGGAGGACGAGGAAGGGGGAAAAGAGAUCGAGUUGUCUGAUGACCCCUAUGACUGCAUGCGCCUCAACGUGGAAAACGUCCCCUGCAUAGUGACCUUGUGUAAGAUCGGCCACAGGCACGUAGUGGAUGCGACUUUGCUGGAGAAAGCCUGCUCCGUCGCCAGUCUGUUGAUUUCUGUCACCCAUAAAGGAACAGUAACUUGUGUCCGGAAGCUUGGAGGAGGCAGUCUGGACCCAGACAGUAUCUUUGAAAUGACAGAGACAGGAAAGCGAGUGGGGAAGAUGGUUCAUGCACCACUGAUGGAGCUGCUGCAAAAAGAAGAGAGUCUUGGUAGAGAGAGAACAAAAGUGGGCUUCCUGGCAUAGCAUUUCACUCUGUUCCACCUGUAUUUUUUUUCUAUUUUCAAAAAUCAAAUAAAUAUUUUCAUUUUUAAA